AUGAAUGAUACAAAUCUUGCGCUAUUUGAAAUAAACAGUGAGAAGUAUUCCUCCUUAACAAAGUUACUUCGAGUUUCAGCUCUUAUACUCAGAUUCGUUAAGAAAAUACGCCAACAAUUCUGUGAGAAUGGGUAUUCAAAAUCUUCCGAAUUAAAGGACGUAGAACAAAAAUGGCCUUUACAUGUUCAGAAGAAAUACUUUGCAAGUGAAUUAGACGCAAUUUCAAAUGGCAAAAGAAACAACCUACAAGUACAGUUAGGCAUUUACAUAGAUGAAAAUGGAUUAUUGAGAUGCCAAGGGCGAUUAGAAAAUGCCGGAUUGUGUGAAAACGUUAGACACCCUAUCUUGUUACAAGAAAGGGAUACGUUUACACAUCUUGUUAUAGAGAAAAUGCGCAAGGAAAUAUUACACAGUGGUGUUUCACAGACCUUAGCUAGAGUAAGACAACGAUUUUGGAUUCCACAUGGCCGAGCUGCUGUGAAGCGAUUUGUGUCACAAAAAGGCACACCAACACAGAUAAUUAGUGACAAUGGCUCCCAAUUGAAAGCUGCGAACUCAAUCGUAGAUCGGAUAUGGAGAAAAACGAUUGGCAGGGAAGAAGUUCAAACAUAUGUGUCAAACGCAAGAAUAACAUGGAUUUUCAUAGUUGAAAUAUCUCCCUGGAUGGGUGGUUUCUAUGAACGUCUAGUUGGUCUUGUAAAAAGGGUAUUUCGAAAAGCAUUAGGAAGACGUCUUCUGACACUUAUUCAUUUACAAACACUAGUUAAAAAAGCCGGAGCUGUUAUAAAUUCAAGACCACUGGUGUAUGAAGGCGAUGACGUCAGCUCAAGCAUUACGUUAACGCCCAAUCACUUUUUAAUGUUAAACCCAACUAUUGGGGGUAAACCAAAGGCAGAAAAAGAUGAAAAAGAUACAUUUCGGGCAAAGGAAAGUAAAAAAAGAUGGGCUGUUUAA